GUCUUGAACAAAAUGAAGAUCGAAGAAGUAAAAAGUACGACAAAAACUCAGAGAAUCGCAUCACAUAGCCACAUAAAAGGUUUGGGUUUGGACGAAAAUGGAUACGCUAUUCAAAGUGCCGCUGGCUUGGUGGGACAAGAACUUGCUCGCGAGGCUGCUGGUGUGGUGGUAGAGCUCAUCAAAACAAAGAAGAUGGCCGGUCGAGCUGUCCUCUUGGCAGGACCUCCUGGUACAGGCAAGACAGCCAUUGCUCUAGCCAUUGCACAAGAACUUGGAACCAAAGUACCAUUCUGCCCGAUGGUGGGAAGUGAGGUCUACUCUACAGAAAUCAAGAAGACAGAAGUUCUAAUGGAGAACUUCCGUCGAGCUAUCGGACUGCGAAUCAAGGAAACCAAAGAAGUUUAUGAAGGGGAGGUGACAGAACUUACGCCAGUGGAAACAGAGAACCCUAUGGGAGGAUAUGGAAAAACUGUAAGUCAUGUUGUGAUUGGACUGAAGACAGCAAAAGGAACAAAACAGCUGAAGCUGGACCCCUCUAUAUAUGAAAGUCUACAGAAGGAGAAAGUGGAAGUUGGAGAUGUGAUAUAUAUUGAAGCUAACAGUGGGGCAGUGAAGCGCCAAGGUAGAUCUGACAGCUAUGCGACAGAGUAUGAUCUGGAGGCAGAAGAGUAUGUUCCUCUACCUAAAGGAGAUGUCCAUAAAAAGAAGGAAGUUAUUCAGGAUGUAACGUUACAUGACCUCGACUGUGCCAAUGCUAGACCACAGGGAGGCCAGGAUAUCAUGUCAAUGAUGGGACAACUAAUGAAGCCAAAGAAAACGGAAAUCACAGAUAAAUUACGGAAGGAGAUAAACAAGGUGGUGAACAAAUACAUAGACCAGGGUAUAGCUGAGCUGGUGCCAGGAGUGUUGUUUGUGGACGAAGUUCACAUGUUAGACAUUGAGUGUUUUACCUACCUCCACAGAGCACUGGAGUCCACGAUAGCCCCCAUUGUUAUCUUUGCCACAAACAGGGGAAAAUGUACAAUUAGAGGUACAGAGGAUAUUGUGUCUCCUCAUGGCGUUCCCCUUGAUCUGUUGGAUCGAGUCAUGAUUGUACGAACUUUACCAUACUCACAAGAAGAAAUGGUCCAGAUAUUGAAAAUCCGUGCACAGACAGAGGGAAUCCAGAUAGAAGAGCCAUCAUUACAGAUGUUAGGCCAAGUUGGCACUCAAACAACGCUCAGGUAUUCAGUGCAGUUACUUACUCCCACCAAUCUGUUGUCUCGCAUCAACGGGAAAGAUGCAAUCGGAAAAGAAGAAAUUGAGGAGAUUAGCAAACUUUUCUACGAUGCAAAGUCAUCAGCAAAAAUACUUGCUGAACAACAGGACAAAUUCAUGAAGUAAAUAGUGGAAGAAGAUCUGUUUCAUUUUUCAUCAAGAACAAAAAAUACGACAUUUUUCAUGACUUUUCAACUAUCCAGUAUGGACAGCAGUUUAUUUGGGGAGAUUCACUCUGUUGAUUUUUAUAAAGAAAAGAAAAAAAAGACAAAAAUUUCUUAUCAGCAUUUGUGUUUCUGUUUGUAUUUGUGGACCAUUAUUAUGCAUUCAUUAAAU